AUGAGUUAAAAUCCAAAUCUAAUUAAAAUACAAAAUAAUCUUUCUAAAGAGUUUUAAAAAUGGAAAUUUUAAAGAGAAUAAAAUCAUUAGCUAGUGAUAGAUGACAUUGAGAGAUCUUCUUUAUUUUUUAAAUUUAAAGAUUUUCAAAAUAAUAAAAACACAAAAAAUGCAACUAGUAGCUAAAAAAGUUUGAAUAAUGCUAAUCUUUUAUCACCAAAAAAUAAUAAUCCUACUAAAGUGUUUAGUUCAUCUUUAAACAACUUCAGAAAAACCAUCAUAAUAGAUGGCAUUAAAGAUAAAAAUCAUGUUUAUAACUAAUUAUUUAAUUCAUAAGAAAAUUUACCCUUUGUACCAUACAUUAAUGAAAGAGAUAAGUUGGGUAGGCUAGUAAAAGAUAAUGAGAAGAGUGAUGUCAAGAUAAAUGAAGUUAAUAUUGUGAACUAAAUUUCAUAUAAUUAAAGGCAUUUAAAAUUUUAAAAGACGAUUGAAAUAGAUUCGUAUGAGGAUUCUAAUUAAAAAAGUUCAUUUCUGCCAUCUUAACAUAUUUAAGAUGACUAGGAAAUAUAAAAGUUCAAUAACCAAAAAGAAAAUAAAUCAAAACACUAAAAAUCUUUAUCUUAUAUUCCUUUCAGCACAUAAAACAACAAUUCUACAAAUUUGCCAGAAAAAAUACGUAGUUCUACAUUCUAUUCUACAAUUAGCAAUAAAGGAUAAAGUUCUAAUAAAUUGAAUUAAUUGUUAAAGGGAAUAGGAUCUUUUCAAUAGAUUUCAAUGGUAAAGAUUCCUGAAUAGAGUUUUUAAGGGAAGCAUACUUUUAUAAAUAUCAAUUCUUUGCAGUAGAUUAACAUGAAUGAUCACCAUGAAAAUAUAAAUCAAAAUCAAAAUUACAGUUCAUUAUUAGGUCAUAAAUAGUCUAUCCCGUCUCUAAGCUAACUUAAUUAAAAUAAAAGCUUUACUUAAUUGAUUUCUUAUAACUCAUAACCUUGCUCUCCUUCACGUUUUAUAACAAAAAUACAGAGCAAUAAUAACUCUGUCUGUUGUGAUGAAAAGAUUUUAGAAGUGGAUAAAAAUAAAUAAUUUAAAUGCUCAUAAGAAGAAGUUGUUAGAAAAACAGAAGCUUUUUACAAAAAAUAUAUUGAUUCUAAAAUAAAAAGAGAAAACCUUGAGAAGAAAGAAGAAUUUCCAACAAAAUUUAAAGCCAGAGUAUUACCUUUGAAAUUCCCUGAAUCAGCUAAAGCUUCACACGCAUGUAGAAUAUUGUACAAUCACUCUAAAAAAAUAGAAAAAUUUAAUAAAAUGAUAGAUAGAAAUGAUCCAAAUAUAUUAAAUUUUGAGGUAGACAAUAAAUAGAAGAAUACAGAAAAAUAUAAGAAUGCAAUGGAAUCAUAUAAAAAGAGAUUUUCGAUAGCAGCAGGAUUCAAUUUUUAAAAUAAUCUAAAGAAAAAUGAUGAAAGGAAAUAGUUAAAAGAGUAAAAAAGACAAUAACUCUUAGAAAAAUGGGGAGAAAGAGUCGAUUCAUCUGAGUUAGAUGAUGAAGAGGAGAAAUAUAGGAAAAAAAUAUUAAAUCCAAUCUUAACAAAAGAGUAAUAAAUCCAAAAAGAUAGAGAACGGAAGAGAUAGAUUUUUGAUGAAUAUGAAAAAUGGUAUACUCUUCAAAUGUAUUAUAUUUAAAGUUCUGACAAAGAUGUCUAGCUUUGA